AUGGCCAUUAAUGACAAGACAUUAAAGGAGUUGGCUGCUCCUGAUUUGAACCAACAGUCUUUAUGUAUUGAGUACCCUAAUUUAGAUGUUGCUUUUGAGUUAAAAUCAGGACUCAUACAUUUGUUGCCUACUUUUCGUGGUCUUACAGGUGAGGAUCCUCAUAAGCAUUUGAAAAAAUUCCACGUGGUGUGUUCAAGCCUGAAACCUCAAGGAGUAACUGAAGAACAAAUUAAAUUGCGUGCUUUUCCAUUAUCGUUGGCCGAUACAGCAAAGGAUUGGUUGUUUUACUUACCUUCAAGUUCUGUAACUACAUGGACAGGGAUGCUUCUCAUUCAGUAUUUCUAUGAAGGGCUACUACCUAUGGAGAGGAAAAUGAUGGAUGCAGCUAGUGGAGGUGCUAUAGUGAAUAAAACCCUUAGUGCCGCUAAAGAUUUGAUUUCCAUCAUGGCUGCUAGCUCACAACAGUUUGGAUUCAGACAAGACACCCCUUUGAGAAGGAUGAAUGAGGAGACAAGAACAAGCAUCAAGCAAUUGGAGAAUCAAAUUAGUCAACUAGCAACAUCAAUGAGCAGGCUUGAAGCUCAAGGUUCUGGGAAAUUGCCUUCCCAAACAAUUGUAAAUCCUCGAGAAAAUGUAAGUGCCAUUACUUUGCGAAGUGGAAAAGAAAUUGACAUUCCUAUUCAGAAUCCUACAGAUUUAGCUAAGAAGACUCAAAAAGAGGAGGGAGAAAAUGAGGCGACAAUCUCUUCAAAGGUAAUCUCUCAAACAAUUGUGCAUAAUCCUGAUAAACCUAAUCCGCUUCCUUUUCCUAGCAGGUUAUCUAAAUCUAAAAAGGAAGAUCAAGAAAAGGAUAUCUUGGAGAUUUUUCGAAAGCUAGAAGUGAACAUUCCUUUAUUGGAUGCCAUUAAGCAGGUCCCAAGGUACGCAAAAUUUCUCAAGGAAUUGUGCACCAACAAGAGGAAGUUGAAAGUUUCAGCCGUCCUUCAAAAGAAAUUACCUCCUAAAUGCAAGGACCCAGCUAUGUUCACUAUCCCUUGCAAAGUAGGUAAUGUCAGGAUUGAGAAAGCAAUGUUAGAUCUAGGAGCCUCAAUAAAUGUCAUGCCUCUUUCUAUUUAUUCAUCUUUGAAUAUUGGUCCAUUAAAAGAAACAUGUGUGAUUAUUCAACUUGCUGAUAGAUCUAAUGUGUAUCCUGAGGGAGUUCUUGAGGAUGUUUUAGUGCAAGUUAAUGAAUUGGUUUUUCCUAUUGAUUUUUAUGUGCUUAACAUGGAAGAAGAUGACUCAUCUAAUCUAGCACCAAUCUUAUUAGGGAGACCAUUUCUAAAAACAGCAAGGACAAAGAUUGAUGUUCAUGAUGGUACCCUUACCAUGGAGUUCGAUAGGGAGAUUGUGAAAUUUAAUAUAUUUGAUAACAUGAGGUACCCUAAUGAUGUUCAAUCUGCAUUUUCUAUUGAUGUGGUUAAUGUUUUUGCACAGGAGACUUUUGAGUUGAGACAUGAAGGCAAGACGAAGGUAAGGACAAAGGAUAAGAAAAAGGACAAAACAAAGGCAUUUCAAGAUAGAAUGGUUGCUAGAAAGCAAUUUGUGUUUGGACAAAAAGUUCUACUUUACAAUUCAAGACUCAAAUUAAUGCCUGGUAAGUUACGUUCUCAUUGGAUUGGCCCUUUUGAAGUUACUAACGUAUUUUCUUAUGGUGCAGUUGAGGUACGAAGCUUAGGAACUAAUAAGGUGUUUGAGGUCAAUGGGUAUAAGCCUAAGCCAUUUCAUGAAGGUUUUCAGGAGCAAACUGCAGAUGAAGUGCAAUUGAGAGAUCCAACUUAA